GUCACACAUUGAACAAAUAAAAUCCAUAUCUAAUCCCUGCAGUGGACUAAAAGCAUGGCGUCCCUUCCUUCACCCAGCGCUGUAAUCCAGCGCCCUCGCUCAUGGCGCUUCACACCAUCAUCACUCUCCAAUGGAAUCGCCAUUCCUAUCCGCACAAGGCUCCGUGUUUUCUGCUCUGGCAAGAACAUCGACAUUCCCGAUCAAAAACCCUGUUGUUGGACUAGCGGAGUUAAUAGACGAGAAAUUGGGCUAGGAAUGGGAUUGACUGCGUUUUCUUUCCAAGAAGUUGUUUCUAUUGCCCUAGCCGAGAAUGUUGUUGCUGAGGAUUAUCGGACGUACACGGAUGAAGCGAAUAAGUUCAGAUUGGUGAUUCCUCAAGAUUGGCAAGUCGGUAAUGGUGAACCGAAUGGAUUCAAGUUGGUUACGGCUUUUUUUCCUAAAGAAACUUUGAGUUCCAAUGUCAGUGUUGUAAUCUCGGGGCUUGGUCCUGAUUUCACGAGAAUGGAAUCCUUUGGCAAGGUUGAAGAAUUUGCUGAUACCCUGGUGAGCGGACUGGACAGAAGCUGGAAAAGACCACCAGGUGUGGCGGCGAAACUUAUAGACUGUAGAUCAUCUAAAGGGAUAUAUUACAUAGAGUACACGCUGCAGAAUCCAGGUGAAGGCCGCAACCAUUUAUACUCUGCAAUUGGGAUGGCAUCCAAUGGUUGGUACAACAGACUUUACACUGUAACAGGACAGUAUGGAGAUGAAGAUUCAGAGAAGUUUAGUUCCGAAAUUAAGAAGGUUGUCAAUUCCUUCACUUUCAUUUGAUGAUCCCACAGAACUGGCUUCCACUACAGUUAUGUGGUUCAAGUUUUCCCUCUUUGCUUCUCUUAAUAUUUACUUUAAAAUAAAAA